CCCCACGUUCUGUAAACCCCAUACCGCCUGUAAAAGCUUGAUAUCAAAAUUUUCAUCGACACUGUACAUCACAUUUCUUCACCACGCUUCCGCCCAUUUCAAUAUAAUUUUGACCAAAAGAAGCCUUAUUAAUAAUAAACAAAAGGCAAUUUAUAAUUGACUAUAAAGAGCCACACCAUGGAGGACUUUACUGAGCAGACGGCGCAGUUCCUCGCCUGGUUCAAGGCCCUUCCCGGCGCCACCUUUUCCGAUGCCAUCUCUCUAGUCGACCUUCGCCAGCAAGAGGCUGGUCGCGGUAUUGUCGCCGUCAAGGACAUUGAACCCGACACCGUCCUCUUCACCAUCCCCCGCAAGAGCAUCAUCAAUGUCGAGACAUCUACCCUCCGCGAGCUUCUCCCUACUCUGUUUGAAGAAGCAGAAAUGUCUUCUGAUGAAGAAGAAGAGGAAGAUGACCACGAGGACUCUGAUGAGGAAAUGGGCUCUGGAGAUGAAGACGAAGACGAAGAACCCCGCUUCGACUCGUGGUCAUCGCUCAUCCUCAUCCUCAUCUACGAACACCUCUCUCCUUCGUCCGCAUGGAAGCCGUACCUCGACGUCCUCCCUACCAGCUUCAACACACCCAUGUUCUGGGACGCUGCUGAGCUGCAGCAUCUACAGGCCAGCGCCACCGUCGGCAAGAUUGGCAAGGCCCAGGCUGAGCGCAUGUUCUCCAAGCUCAUUAUUCCUGCGGUCCGCGCUAACCCCAAGGUCUUUGCUGGCGCCGAAAAGUACUCGGACGAUGAUCUCAUUGCCCUGGCCCACCGCAUGGGCAGCACCAUCAUGGCCUACGCCUUUGACCUCGAGAAUGAGGACAACGAGGACGACGAAGAGGACGGCUGGGUCGAGGACCGCGACGGCAAGGCCCUCAUGGGUAUGGUCCCCAUGGCGGACAUGAUGAACGCUGAUGCCGAGUUCAACGCCCACGUCCACCACGGCGAUGACACUCUCACCGUCACCUCGCUCCGUACGAUCCGUGCCGGCGAGCAGAUCCUCAACUACUACGGCCCCCAUCCUAACAGCGAGCUCCUCCGCCGCUACGGCUACGUGUCGGACUGCCAUGCCCGUCAUGACGUCGUUGAGGUAUCGUGGUUCUUUAUCGAGCAGGCCGCGUCCAGCGUUCUAGGGCUACACAUGGAAGCUCUCGAGAAGCUACAUGAGGCGCUGGAGGAAGAAGAAGAGCUCGAGGACACCUUUGUCAUUGAGCGCAACAUCGAUCUCACCCCUGAAGGGUUGUUUGACGAGGACUCUGCUACUGCUACUGCCACUAUCCCCGAAGACCUCAACGAGCAGCUCAAGUUCCUCCUCAAGACAGUCAAGAAGCAGAACCCGGCUCUUAUUGAAGACAAGCGCAAGCGCGAUGAAGUGCACAAGCAGAUCCUCCGACUCACCGUACAGGCUCUGGCGUCGCAGUAUCCUACGUCGGCGGCAGAGGACCAGCGUCUGCUGAAUCAAGGUGUACAGGGCCGCGAGAGACUCGGUGUUAUUGUGCGCUUAGGCGAGAAGAAGAUUCUUGAAGAGGUUGCUGCGUCGCUAGAGGAUGGUGAUGAUGCGCCAGAGUCGUCUCCUAAAAAGGCGCGCGUUUAAACAAGGAAAAGCAUGAGUAUUUGUUUAUAGCGGUUAUGAAACGAAAGAAAAAGGAGUUGGCAUGACAUAGAUCAUUAUGAAUAGAACAGAUGCGAAGAUGAGGCAUGAUUAGGAAAAAGUUCUGUUUUUUUGUCUAUUGCCUGCACGUUACAUAAAGGGGCCACAUGAGUCUGAGCUGUAGUACAUUUCUGAUAACAGAUAUAACAAAAAUGCGGUCGGUUUUGAUUUCGAAAGGAUUACCGUUUGCAUGAGCGCGAUGGUAACGUUAUACGGCGUCGGGCAAGCGGACGGCAAUGUCGCCGGAUUGUGUAAUGUAUCGGACCCAUGGUAGUGAAGGGUAUUGCAGCUGUGAGCGUAGUUGUUAGUUCAUGUGUGAGGGGGCUAGGUCGCAGAAAAUAACGUACCUUGGGCUCGGUAAUCUUGAGGUAGCGGACCUGGAUACCAGAUGUUGUAAAGUAGGGAAUCUCAAACUUGACCUGGAUGGGACGCUUGGCUCCCUUGCCGCCGACACCACCCAUGCUGCCACCAAAGCCGCCGGUCAUGCCACCACCGACCUCGUCGUCACCGCGGACACUGGGAAGGCCAAGCUCGGCGCGCAUCAGGAACUCCUUGUUGCCACCAAACUGCUUAAUCUUCCAGACAAUGGCGCUCUGCUCGGGAGCAUAGUGGACAGAGCCAAUGUUGGUGCGGAAGCGCGGCGAGUCGGCGUCGUCGGGGACAGGCACGAUGAUUUCGACAUUGUUGGCCGUGCUGCGGCGCUUAAACUGCGAGCGCGCCUUGAGCAUGUACUCGAUGCGCGAGCCCGAGUGCGACUCCACGGCGCACUCGACCCAGAUGAGCGGCUUGACGUGCGUGUUGAGGCGGUACGACAUGAGUUCGAACUCGCCGUCGGGCGGGAUAAAGGAGAUGGUGCGGUCGUUUUCGAAGCGUGCUAGACGUACACACUGGUGGAACUUGACAUCCUCCAUCUCAAUCGACUUGCCUCGUGUUGUGCGGCCGGUCGUCUCAAACAUGACCUUGUCGUUAAGGCCGAGUCGCAGCUCCGGCAUGCCGCUCAGGUAACACUUCAUCUUGAUGGCGCCUAGAAUUUCACUGCGCAGCACGUUGCCGUUGGAGCUGACCAGCAGGUUGAGACUUUCCACCACAUCCAGGAACACUUCGUUUUUGCGGUAUCGGAUGCCUUCGGAUCGCCAUGACACGGCGUUGGUCACGGCAAUGGGCGGGCGGGCUUGGAUCUCUAGCUUGUGUGAUUCUUGCGUAAUGUACUCUUGCAAGAUCUUGGACUCAGUAGUUUGCGGGUAACCAAAGUCCAUCAUCUCGUCCAACAAUUCGUAAAUAAUGACAAAGUUAUCGCGGAUAGAUUCCUCUUCGAGGGCUUUGAAGUAUUCGGUAAAUACCUCGACCACCUUGUGAAGGAAGAGGAUGAUUUCGGCCGCGUUAGUAUUGCGCUUCGUAAGGGCGAGGAGGUAGAGGUUGUUGUGGCGGAUAUAGAGGUACUGGUAUAUAAAGCUAGGUUAGUCUACUGAUGCUCUCUGGUCAAAGGGAGCCAUGUUUCUAUAUCGAGGGGACGCACGUUGAUGCCUUCGUGGGAGAAGCAUGGCGGCACAGCCGAUGAUUCUUCUUCAGCUUCGGAUAGGAGGAUCGGGAACUUUUCGACAGCCGACAUGGGGAUAUCGCCUCUGUAGUUGCGGGCAAGCAGGGUCUAGUGGGUUGAGUCCGGUUAGCAUGGAACUCGCCAAUGGCGGCUUUUCAAGUUAUGGGGAUAUUCUCUUACCUUGCCCUUGAGAUCUAGGAAGAAUAGAGCCGACGCCAUGAUGAUUUGAGAGUGGAUGUAAUUGGCGAGGGGCAAAGGAGGGGAGGGGAGGGGAGGGGAGAUGGAUGACGACGAGAGCUGCACAGCAGGCAGCUAAGAAAAAAUCAACAAUGCGAUGCGUUGCGACUAUGGACGAGGAAAAUGCUUCUGCGUGAUUCGUUAAUGCCUGGUGCUGGCCAAUGGCAUGUCGCGUGAGCAGGAUAUCAGCUCGAGGAUGGUUGUUAGGUUGGGAGAGCUGGCCACCGC